UCCGUGUGAAGUGAACCACGGUCAUGGCAGUGAUUUACGUGCGGCUCAUGUAGAGACGCAAGUCGCACCGCUGUACUGAAACAUGAAGUCACCGUCAACUUUAUCUUAAGUUACUGCUGUAUUGAUGAAUGUUAGCACGCGCUCUGUAGCUAAAGCUAGCCGCCGUUAGCAAGCAGGAGUUUGUGUUAGCCUGUGGAGCCACACUGACUUGGGUUAGCAUCGCUUCAUGUUAGCUAACCUUGCUAUGCUAACGUUUCCAUUAACUGAGAAGAGCUUCGGGUUGCUUGUCAAGCUGGUUGGUUAGCGUUAACUUAGCGCAACAGUUACCAAACCGCUUUCCAACCGCUUGCCAGCAAGAAGGUCGGUUAGGUUAUGUAGCUAAAAUGUUGACUGCAGCUGGAUGAGUAACGUAAUACCAGCGUGUUAUCGUGUGCUAACCGUUACUCGGGGCCUAAGGGUUUCAAAUCAGAUAAUUGUGAUCAAACUGGACCACAAACAUGAUGUCGUUCGCACUAAUGUUAUCACCUCUCUUGGUGUUAAAUGACUGAUCACAUAGUGUAUUGCUUUGGCCCUACACAAACAGCCUGUAGUGCUAAAGUACAGAGCUGAGUAUGAUUCCCUGGUUGCGGUGGAGGUGAGGAAGCAUGGGGUGGAUCUCUGAGGUGUCAAGACAAACGUGAUGACAGCAUGGUCCUUGUUGGAGAAGCUCAAAAUGGAAAAACACUCAUGUAGGGAGGAGAACAUUGACUCUAGCGAGGCGCAGCAUGCCACUGACGAAUCUGAGGAUGGAAGCAGCUCCGAAAGCGAGUCGGAAGAGCGACAACACCAGAGGCUUCAGGUGAACAGCAGCAGCUGUAAAAAGCGGGAGGCUGGGGCUGUCACUAAACCACACCGUCAGCUUUGUCGCUCUCCGUGCUUGGACCGGCCCAGUUUUUCCCAGAGUAGUACCGCGGUAGAUUUCCGUGAGGAUGAGAGCAGUGUGGGACCAGGGAUCAAGGCUGUCAGUGACAGGGAAUACCAGGCCAAGAUGGAGUUUGCUUUGAAGUUGGGCUAUUCUGGAGAGCAGGUGGAGACUGUGCUCAACAAGCUGGGAGCUGCUGCUUUAAUUAAUGAUGUUCUCGCAGAGUUGGUAAGGCUUGGAAAUAAAGUGGAACCUGAAGUUCAACCUUGCAGCAGUACAGCCACACUGAUAUCACGGUCCCUCUGUGUGAAGGAGAUAGUUAGUCCAGAAGUGUCAGUGGAAGAGGAAUCUGUGGAUACCUAUGAUAACCUCAGGCCUAUUGUCAUUGAUGGCUCAAAUGUGGCAAUGAGCCAUGGAAACAAAGAAGUGUUCUCUUGCCGUGGUAUCCAACUUGCUGUUGAGUGGUUUCGGGAGAAAGGACACAAAGACAUCACUGUGUUUGUCCCAGCCUGGAGAAAAGAACAGUCAAGACCUGAUGCCCUCAUCACAGAUCAAGAAAUAUUACGCAAGCUGGAAAAAGAGAAGAUUCUGGUUUUCACCCCUUCUCGGAGAGUUCAGGGCAGAAGGGUGGUGUGCUAUGAUGAUCGCUUCAUAGUGAAGCUGGCUUAUGAUUCUGAUGGAAUUAUUGUGUCAAAUGACAACUACAGAGACCUGCAAAACGAGAAGCCCGAGUGGAAGAAGUUUAUAGAAGAGCGCCUCCUAAUGUACUCCUUUGUCAAUGACAAGUUUAUGCCACCUGACGAUCCUCUGGGAAGACAUGGUCCAAGCCUGGAAAAUUUCCUCCGCAAACGCCCUGUUGUUCCAGAGCACAAAAAACAACCCUGCCCCUAUGGGAAAAAGUGCACAUAUGGACACAAGUGCAAGUACUAUCAUCCCGAGCGUGUGAACCAGCCACAGCGCUCAGUGGCCGAUGAACUACGAGCCUUUGCCAAAUUGUCUGCAGUGAAGACGAUGAGCGAGGGGGCUUUGGUGAAAUGCGGCACUAGUCCAGCAGCUGCAAAGGGGGACAGCAGCUCGGAGGCCAAACGCGUGGCACCCAAACGUCAGUCUGACCCCAGUAUUCGCUCAGUGGCCUGUGAACCUUCAGAGGCACUGUCUGUCAUUAGGAAGUCUGAGACAAAUUCAGUGCCUUCCCUCGUCUCUGCUCUCAGUGUGCCCACCAUGCAGCCUCCUAAGAGCCAUGCAGCUGGGGCCUUGAACACACGAUCAGCCAGCAGUCCAGUGCCAGGGUCUCUACAGUUUGCUCACAGUUCUCUGGAGCACAUGUCCAGUGUGCAGUACCCUCCCAUUUUAGUUACUAACAGUCAUGGCGCCUCUGUUACAUACAGUGACCAGUUCCCAAAAUACGACUCGGUUAGUGACCAUGGAUAUUACUCACUGCACAGUGAUUUUUCGAACAUGAGCAUGAGCAGCAUGCAUAAUGUUGAUAGUUUCUGUAGCAUGGAGCAUGAGCAUGGUAUGUAUCAGAGAAAUCUCAGCCACUGCCCUGAAUCCUGUCUGAGCCAUUCAAACAGCGACUCCUUCUCCUCUUACGUGGACCUGUACCCAAGCUCUGUGGACAGCAGCCUGGAGGAGAGCAUGAAGGGACAGCAGCAGUCUCCUGCUCAGGGCAGAAUGCACACUUUCUCCCAUGGGUUUCGCCAUGAAGCGCUGACCAGGGUACAGAGUUAUGGACCAGAGGAACCCAAGCAGGGCCCCCGUAAGCAGUCUGGGUCUCAUCUAGCACCACAUAUCCAACACGUUGCUGUGGGAGCCAGAUCUAGCUGUCCUGGAGACUAUCCCCUAACUCAGACUGCCCUGCCACCUCUGUCCUCACAGCCCACACGCUCACUUGGUAUGACCCGUAUGGACAGUAUAUCAGACUCACGACUAUAUGAGAGCAACCCAAUGAGACAAAGACGACCUCCACUGUGUCGUGAGCAGCAUGCAAGCUGGGACCCUCUGCCUUGUGGUAAUGAGUCCUAUGGCUAUCAUUCAUAUCCACUGAGUAACAGCCUGAUGCCAUGUUGUGAGCGAGUGAUGGUCCGCAGCAUGCCUGACAAAAUGGAACAAAUCUGGAACUCGCCAUGGGAGACCCUGUCUGCAGCUGAACACCAAGACCGGUAUGUUAUCCCAGAGCACCAGUAUCAAACAUAUCGGAACCUCUGUAACAUCUUUCCCGCUUACAUAGUGCACUCGGUCAUGGAGAAGAAUCCUCAUUUGACAGACCCACAGCAACUCGCUGCCGUUAUUGUUACAAAACUAAGGUCGUGCCACUGAGCAAUUUUAACAUAGGACGCAUUCAGAAAUGAUGAGAUGAGGGAAAUACUGAAGGGAUUUUUAUUUGCAAAGAUAAGCCACUUGUUUAAGGUUGCUGCAUGUGCAACGUCUACCCUCAGGAGUUAGUCAUUUUUAAGUGUCUGAUGGAAAAUCUGAUUUUACAUCACUAUGAUUGCAGAGACCUAAGUUUCUCCCAUAAGUUUAAUUUGAAUUUUGAGUUGUUUGACAUGUGAAAUAUGGUGAUGUUCAUGUCAGGUCCUAUUGUAUUAGAAUGACGGUUCAUAACACAUUCAUACAACCUGAGCAGGAGCUGCAUAGCAGCUUUCCAUCAUAACCUUCAACACAAUAGAAAUAUAUUGGGGAUGAGUCGAUAUGAUACUUCUGUUUAGGGAUCAGUCAGAUACUCAUCAAAAUCUCUGGAUCAGAUAUCGAGAAGAACAUGGAAAAUAUGAAGAAAAAAAGUGUAAAAUUACGAUAUCGAACCAAUAUCUUAUCAGACAUGGAAAAGUGAUAUCGAGCCAUCCCUAAAAACAAUCCUGGGCUUUUGAAAGUCCUUUUGAUCACUUUACCUUUGAUUGAAUACAUUGUAGAUAAAAUUGUUUAACCCCUUUUUUUUCAAGAUUUGAUGAACAACAGAAGUAUGGGAGAUAUUCAGGACUAAUGGAGCUAGAUAGUGUAAUAGUAAACCUUGUGCUAAUAUGAGUUAUUGUGACUCAAAUCUAAGUCAGUAUUACUGUGUUUUCAUUUUAAAUCCUCACAAUGUAGGAUUUCAACCUUCAAAUAACUGUUAAUACAUCAACUUAUAACCGGGUGAAGGUCCCCUCUGUCAAAGUCUGAGCUGGUCUGCAUCGUCUGCUUUGGAACUUGAGAACUUCUGGUUUCAGGUCCAUGCCACAGAAAGAACAACGUUCUACUUUACAGCAUACAUCUCAUCCCGCCUUACUGGCUGCUGUACCUGGUCUGAAGACAUGGUUGUUUGUACAUUAGAAGUCCUGCUUCAGAGUUCAACAGUAUUGUGUUACCUUGACAUAUAUUUUAUGACAGUUGUAACAGAGCCUGUGAGCAAAUCCAACAUUGUGUUACUUUAAAAUAGUGUUUUCAGAUAAAGUCCAUGCUAACACAGAUAAAAACGUCUAUCUCGUCCCCAUCCAGUUACACCAAUGCUCAGCAACAUCUUCCAUAUUUGCCUUUAUUUGAUUUGACAUGCACAUACUUUAACACACCUACUCCAUAUACAUCCUUGUUUAUGAAGCUCUCGUUCAGGCUCUCUGAAUGUGUUAUAAAAUAAUCAUAAGUGCAGUUUCUGGUGCAGUAUAUAACAGAGCUUAUGUCUAUGUGUGCUUCUUUUUAUUCUGUGAUUUUAUUUUGAAGAUAAGUAAGAAGGAGGAAGGCACAUAACCUCACAGCAUGAACUCCAACGUUUAAUGGCCUUAUAUCUGAAUGACCUCACGCAUAAGUCAUUGACUGAUGGGUUUCAAUCAAAGGCAUUGAAGCCUCUUAUAUACUUUCAAAUGUAAAGCACUAUCUCAGUAUCUAAAGAGAUCUAUUUUCUCAGCCUCACUGAAUUAACAAAGCUACUAUUUUGGUAGCUCUUGAAUGUGCACAACACAAGUCAAAAAGGAGAUUUGACUUGUUACAGAUGUGCACAUAUUAUGUACAUAUAAUCACACAAAAGCCAUUAUUUCAAAGUCAUUUAUAAGCUGCUAAAUAAUGCCAAAAAGAUAGUUUAUAUAGUGUUGGUGUUCUACAUAACUUAACAUUUUGGUUCACAGAAUUGAUUGGAUUAUAGACUUGACAUCUGUUUAGAUCAUUUCCUAUUGUGUACAGCAACCUUUCUGGUUUUAGUGGAAUUUUCUAUUUAUAUACUUGUCUAUUUUGUUGUGCUGAUUCUUUUCAUUGUGAAAAGAUUCAAAAUAUAUUUGGUUCAACCAGUAGCUCUAAGUGACGGUUUGUCAGUGGAGCUUUUUCAGAAACAGGUUAAUGUUGGUUUAAAGACGACUUUGGCAUGCGCUUGAGUGGUCCGUGAUUCCCGGUGUUUGUCACAGACUUACGAGUGAAAAAUGAGAACGAAAGUGUAUCUGUCAUAUCAUAUUUAACCUGUUUCUGAUGUGCAUGUCAACUAGUGAAACUUUGGAAAUUCAUUACACAGGCCUGAGAUAUGGGCAAGAUGCAGCAAUUUUCUAUGAAAAGAUUGAAUCAGUGUUGAAGCCACAGUUAAAAUGUUUGCACAAGGAAUUUAAAAAAAAAACACUGUAAAUUUGACUCUUUUGUUGUAUUUGUCAGAUAAAAUGAUCGAAACCUGUUUGAAACA